AGGCAAUGGAGUGAGCUAAAGAUGUUAAAGAACGUGUCUAAAAAUUGUCGCUCAGAGAUAGAACAUCAGGCCUGGAAUUGGCCGGAUCAGCAUUUCGGCAAUCUUUUUAAUAAUUUUGGCCAGGAAUAUUACAGAUGGGGGGGAUGGAAUUUUCGGCAAUGAGAGAUUCAAUCAAUCAAACUGGGCCUUUUUUAAGAUUGCCUCAGUUUACCGUCUCCCAGUUUACCUAAAACUGUGUGAUAGUGGUUUUGGAAUUUCAGAGGUCAAUAGUUUUCUAAAGACUGCUAAUGGUGUACUUACUGAGCUGGGAGGAGAAGACUUUGCGCACAAAUCGAGGGAAAUGAUUUAUGAACUAUGGACAGUUUUUGAAAAUGGAAUUCUCUCCCAAACCAACAACCUCCGUACGACAUCUGAUGUGGAAGAUAUAAAAAGCCCACUCCAUCAUUUACACACGAUUAAAGAAAUGUUCUUUGACAUCUGGGAUCAAGUGCUUUCUGUGAUCAAUGGCAGUAUUAAGGAUGAUGAAAUCAUUAAGGCAGUGGGAUGAAGUGAAGGCCAUUUUCUUGAAAGUGUUAACUGACAGUGGAGAGAUAACUCAAGAGAACCUUGAUGAAGCACAGAAGACUCUGAAAAAUGUAGGACGCAUGGUUUUGGAGAAAUAUGUAAAAAUGAUCAAUGGUCUGGAUACAAGGAUCAUGCCUCCAUUGAAUCUCUCGGAAAAGUUAUGCUGCAGUCUUUUGCUGACAUAAAUAAUGCCAUGAUCAAUACUAUGCUGUUCUUGCUGUCAGAUUAAUUCUCCAAGCAAGAACAACCAGCACGUGUUCUUAGGAGUUUUCUGUCGGGGAUAUGUCAGUAAUUCUUAUGGUUGUCCAAAUUUCUGAGCUAGUGGAAUAUCUUUAACAUCCCCCUUUGUCUUUGCAUUAGUUCUCUGCCUGGCACAUCAUCUCAUUAUUUCAAGGCUCAAAUAAUUUCUGCGAGUUUAGAUUUUGCAAUUGUUAUGCAUUAGAUUUGUGUUUAUUUGGACAACGUUGGACGGAAUUAUCACUGCUGGUAAUAAAGGAUAACACUGGUUAUGUUGCUAACCAGAUUAUGUAAUUAAAAAAGGUUGUGAAUUUAUUAAUUUGUUUCCUGUCUGUUUCAGAUCUUUUAAACCUAAUUUAAUUAUUAGAAUGACAUGACCAUUUUUGGAGUUGUGCCUUUAAGGCCCCGCCCUCUUUGCAUAUGAAAUUAGAUGACGCGCUUUACUUCACUAAUGAGCUGCGAGUUUGUUCUAAGUAUCAUCUUUGCGAUGAAGUAUUUUUUGCAAACCGUUGCAGUAUGUUGUUAGCUUAACACAGAGAUGAGCUGCACAAAUUGUUGUCUUGUGUAAAGAAAUUGAGAAUUUUGUCGAAAACAAACUCACUGAAAAUGUAGGAAAUCCCUCAGAAGAAAGCGCCAAACGCCAGAUCCGACACACGUCCAGAAACACCUCAAGAUUGGAGUUCUUGUUUUAAUGGAAGAAUUGGUGGUUGCAUAACAAAUGAACGAACUGGAGCUGGAGUUUGGAGUUAUUUCUUCCCCAAGACCGGAAUGAUGGAAGAAUUGCAACACGUACGGUCGCAGCUUCAACAGAUGCAGGAAGAGUUUGGGCGUGAUGCUGUGAUAUAGCCGUACGUAUUCUUUUGUGUUCUUAUGAGAGAAUCUCAGCACAGGUCAAGCAAGGGCACCAACACGAUGGAAACUGAGAGCCAAGAUAGUUCGGAAAGCACUCUGCCCAAUGGCAGCACCCAUCCAACCAAACGUGGACGAGGCAGACCGCGGGGGUCACUUAACAAGAAAUACAAGCAAUAUAUGGAGAAAGCGAGUCCCAGGGCACCCAAAAAAGUUGACUUCUUUGCCCCUGAGACAGUCCUAAAGUCGACUAAGAAACGUGGUCGACCAAAGAAGAUAAAAAUACGCGGCAGGCCAAGAAAGGUCCCGCUCACGCCGGAGGAGGAAUCCGAGAUACUUCGUAGACAGACCCUACAGCGCAAGCGAAAGUUGUCAAAACCCCUCGGAAGGCCGCGCAUUCAUCCUGUUGCAGUAACCCCCAAGAUCAAAAGGGGAAGAGGAAGACCUCGCAAAUACGAAGCCGUGGCAGGAUCGCCGUCGCAAAACGAUACCGACAGCGGAGAUAAAGAGUACACAUCUAGUGUUGAAGUUAGCAUCGAAGGUGCGUAUGACAACCCCCGCAAGAGAGGGAGGCCAUUGGGUUCCUUUAAGAAGAAGAGGGGUCGGCCUUCCAGUUCUCCCAAGGUACCAACCAAAAAAGUCUCAGAUGGCAUCCCAAGAAAAAGAGGCCGGCCUCCAGGCUCCGGUUCCAAGGUAAAGAUAGCAAAAGUGGUGAGUGGACCACCUCGAAAGAGGGGUCGACCCCCAGGCUCCACGAAUAAGGUUAAGAUCGUAAGACGGGAAGCCGAUGGGACUCCACGAAAAAGAGGACGACCCAAAGGCUCCGGGAAAAAGAUCACAGUUGUUAAAAAGGACAUGGGAGGUGUACCGCGAAAGAGAGGUCGACCGCCAGGUUCUGGUAAAAUUAAAUUGUGCGUACCGGAUGAAGUAGAUUUAGAUCUGUGCAACUUUGUUGGUACCAGUCACCAUCGCAAGAGAGGCCGUCCAAGUAAAGUCAGACUGGCGGUAGUGCUCGAAAAACUCCCCUCAUCAUACACAGACGAAGACAAGACGGAGGUUGACGCUCCCUCUCCUAAGCGAAUCUGUGACUCUGAUUCUCCGUCGCAAGUUCCAGAUGAAUCCACAGAAGGAAAUCCAACGUCUGAGGUGAAGGAACCAGAGGUUUCGGACGAAGGAGAUAACACAGUCGAUGGUCCAAAAGUGAACAACAUAAGCGAGCAGGAGAUGGGAGAAGAAAUGUAUUCAAAAGUGGGCGCAGGUAAAUUCAAGAAAAAGAAAUAAAUGGACCAUUGAAAUUGAAUUGGUAUAUUUUUGACACGCGUGAUGUUGGUGUUGCUUGCCAUGCCGGACUGUGUUGAGUACUUUUCUCCUACUUUGUAAUUCAUUUUGCUCAGAAUCUCAGUGAGCACAAUGAUUGGUUUUAUUUGUUCAAUUAUUUUGCAUGGUUAAAAAUGUGUCUGCAUAAUAAUUGAAAGCAUGCUAAAUUGGAGAAGUUUGCAGCCAGUUGUUUUGGGAGCCAAAAAGAUAAUACUAUAAUAGUUGAAUUAAAAAGUUGAAAUAUCACAAUUAAUUCGUAACCAAUGCCUUGUGCCAAUGAUUUUAAAGCACCGGUGUGUGCGCACAGAAUCUGGUAACUAAAUUCAACGCUUAAAUUGCACUGGCAAAGGGUUCUACUAAAGCUGUGAGAAUCUCCAGCUUCUUGGAGGGAUGGUGGUUAAAGGGUUCACCCAAAAAUCUAAAUUUAGUCAUUAUUUACUCAUCCUCGCUUUUUCAUACUAACUUAACAAUUUUUAUACAGUUUUCAUUUCAUUUUUGGGUGAACUGAAGCGCAUCUGUGUAGUGGUUUUUAAGUAUUUCUUAAAAAUUCAGUGUUUUAUAGUGAAACUUUUUGUUAUGCUUUGUGUCACGUUUGUCUGAUAGUUUGCUCAUAUGUAGGUGUUGACAGAGUGCUUAGUUUAUGGCUUCCAUCUUGAAUGUCAUUUUGCUCAAAUAUUGUGAUUGCUUCGAUUUUACGUCAUUGUACCGUUUUUCAAAAUGUGAACAUACUUCAGUUCUGCUUUGACAAUAAGCUGGUCAUUUUCAUUUCAUGUCUGAUUUUUUGUAUACAAAUCUUUUAUUGUUUCUUUUUUUCAUGUUAACCUUCUUUAUUUGUGUAUAAAAUAUAGAUAUCUUGCUAUAAACUGUAGAUCUUAAUUCAGUCGUUCAUACAUGGUUUAGGUUUUUUAUCUAUUUAUCAUUAGAUGCUGAUAACAUGUUGUUUUAGGAGAGAUCAUGCAUUUAGAAACGUUAAUAAAACUCACUGUUCAACCGUGA